AUGGCAGAAAAAGAGUAUUUUCAUGAACAUAUUUUGUGCACCUCGCAGUGUGAAAGGUUGGAAGCCGUUAACAAACUUCAGAAAGAGCGCGAGCAGUCGACCCGCUUCAAGUCCGAGCGCGACCAGGUCACAGAUGAGCUGCGCCAGGUGAAAUCUCGUGAGAUCACGCUAAAUCAGGACCAGCAAACAGUGAAAGCAGCCACGCGGAACAGCGUACGUGAGGUGGAACGCGAAAAGAAGGAACUCAGAAUGAAACUUUAUGAACAAGAGCUAGAGAACCAGCGAAGGUCCAAGAAGAUGAAGUCCCUUGAAGAACAGCUUGCAGAUAGCCAGGGGCACGAACUGCGCACUGUGCGGGAGCUGGAAAAGCUUAAAAUAGACAUGCAGACCCCUGUUAGCACUGCAGAAAUGUUCUCCGUUCAGACGUCACCGCGUAGAGAGGAGCGCGCCAUCGGUCACAGAGGCCCCGAAAUUUCAGAGGUGCGUGAACAGUGCGCCGUGUAUCGGUCCCAGCUGGAGUCCAUGUGUCAGAGCCUGCACUACCUCAUACUGCGGUGUCGGGAGCAGUUGCACGCUGUGUCACAGAGUGGCCCCAGAACUUCAGACCUGCGGGACUUCAACGCGCUCCAGAAAUCCCUCCGUGACCUGCUGGGUGAGGUCAAACAGCUGCAGGAAAUGGAAGGCGACUUCCUGUCGCACCCGGCGAGCUCCGUGAGCGAGCGGAUCCUUCGGCACAACAAGGAGCUGACGGGCUUCGUGGCCCGCAUGAGCGAGGAGAAGCUUGAGCAACGGAACACGCUGUCGAGACUUGAGGAGGACAUCUGGCAGUAUCGCCAGCUGAACGGUGAAUACGAGAUCCAGAGACUCUAUGGGAAAUACCUCGGGGCAGAAAGUUUUAGAAAAGCAUUGAUCUAUCAGAAGAAAUACCUGUUGGUACUCCUGGGUGGCUUCCAGGAUACGGAAGAGACGACGCUGGCGAUGUUGUCACGCAUGGGGGCGCUAGAUUGCUCGUACCGACCGGAUUCAAGACCUCGGCCCAUCACGAAACUGAGGGGCGCAGUACGAGUGGUGAUUGCUGUACAGAGAAUGAAGUUCCUGGUAAAGAAAUGGAGAAGGGCUACUAGGGUUGGCUCAAAAGUGGUGGGCGGAAGUGUGGAUCAAACCACUGGUUAUGUGCCCAACGCAGCAAGUUACUCGCCACCACGCCAGAAUUCGGCCUCGCGAAUUCCCGUCACGCAUCACCGAUCAUCGUCAUCACCUCCCACCCAGUCUUCAUUCCGCCAUCAGUCACCAUCGCGCAUGGGCGGACUCGACAGCGGGGACUUCCUGAGUCCGCGCUAUGACACUGACUCGUAUUCAUCCACCUCAUACCAGUCACCGCGUCUGCAGCAAACGCUGAGUCAUGUUCCCUCUACCCCACCCACCAAAGAUUACAGUAGCACGACGAAAUAUACCUCACCAUCAUCGGGUGCUAGAAGGAAGGGAUUUCAUUGUUAAAUCAAUACAUAACAGUAUAACAGUUGUUUUUAUGUCCCCCACUAUAGUAGUGGGGGACAUAUUGUUUUUGCCCUGUCUGUUGGUUGGUUGGUUGGCUGGUUGGUUGGUUGGUCUGUUGGUUGGUUUGCGCCAACUUUAACAUUUUGCAAUAACUUUUGCUAUAUUGAAGAUAGCAACUUCAUAUUUGGCAUGCAUGUGUAUCUCAUGAAGCUGCAAAGUUAUGUACAUGUAACUCUGACUGGCAUUUGGACGGAAUUAUGGGCUCUUUAUACUUAGAAAAUUGAAAACUUGGUUAAGUUUUGUGUUUUGGUCCACUUUACCCCUAAAGUAUCAUAAAUAUUGCUUUCAUACUUGGAACACUUGCAAACUAUCAUAAGGGUACAGUAAAAGGACAAGUUCAAACUUCAAAUACUUUCAGGCUAUCAUGAGGUUACUGUACCUGGCAAGUUGAAUUUUACCUUGACCUUUGAAUGACCUUGACUCUCAAGGUCAAAUUAUUAAAUUUUGCUAAA